UUCAAGGAUCUACCCAACAUCGCUGCCGCCUUAUUAACUGCACUAAGCAUGAAAGGCUUAGGUGGUAUACCAGCGGUGAUUGUUGCACUGCUUUUAGUACUUUUUACUUUCUCAACACGAGGGUUCGUUUUGAAGAAAGCUACGAAAGCACUGGGAGGAUACGCCCUUGUUAAAGCUCUCGAGCCCAAGCCUCCUCAGAUGGUUGGAAUCAUGAUGCCGAUGCCACUGAUGAACAUGAUGGAACCCAUGACUCCAAUGAUGGAUGACAAGUUCCCGUCAGCUGCAAUGAUGGCUAUGAUGAUGGCAUCAAUGGACAAAAAGCCCGAGAUGAAUGAACCUGUUAUGGAGAUGAAGACCCCUGCCUCAAUGAUGAGUAUGCCCGACAUGAUGAAAAUGAUGAAAGGUGCAGAUGCCCGCCCAGUCAAUGGUCAAAUGAUGAUGCCGUCGCAACUGCCGUCGGAGCCCUCUGAUCAGCAAGUACUAGCCGCUGUACAUGCCCUUGAACACAGACGUCUGCGCGCUAUUCCCCGCAAUAUUCACAUACACUAGAUAAACUUGCUACUUAGAGAAAAGUCGAUUGCUCUACGCGCUUCCUUUUAUUUAAAGCGUCAAGUGGAAAUGCGUAGCAGGUAAUCAAUAGAUUUCUAAUAUCUUAACGCAUAAUCGUUGGCUCUGUCUACACCUAUCGAAACGAUACCUCAGUGCAUACACCGAUAUGUAGUAAUUCAAUGUCGCCUAUAAGUAUAUAGUGUUUAUGCACUUUGCCUACCAAUGAGUACCGAAACCUUUAUAGAUGGUAGAUUGUAGACAACAAACGGUAGAUCCCCAGAUUAAAAUCAUUUCAGAACUACACUAUUAGAUACGCAGAUGGAAUCAGGUUAUGUCGAACAUGGAAAUGCCCCUACUGACACCGGCAGAUAGGUUUCCUACCAUAUUAUAGGCGAACACGGAUUAUGUCAUGCCAAAACUGUCGACAGGUGUACCAAGCGUGCUACUACCUUGUGCUGUCAGCGUGGCGUGGGUUAUAUGUCUGCAACGAGAAACGCAAACAGUGCCCGACGCGUUUACUGAUGUGUAUUAGUGAUAACACCUAUGUCUGUGUUGUACAUAUUAUGAACAAAUGAUAAAUAAAUUAUAAAUUUG